AUGUAUUUUGUUGUUUCUCUGAUGGCAGUGCAGACGAUAGGGCCUAUGAUAAAUUCUAUAAGAGAAGUUUAUUAUGUUGCUAAAAGAAGCAUGAAUAAAGAAAUUUACCCAGAAGAAAAGAUACCUAAUGAGAAAAGGGGAAUUAUCAACGCUUUUACAAUGCCUUCGGAAGAGCCUGAAAAAAUAGAUUGCAGAAGCAACAUUAAAAAUGACAUUAGAAUUGAAGCUAAAUAA